AUGUUCUACUGCGCCCACCAGCAUGUCGCCGAGGGAGUCCUCACUGCUGGCAGCCUCGUCUCCUUUGUGCUCUACCAGGGCAACCUCAGCAGGCACUUGCAGGUGAGACCCGUGGGCCACCCGUGGGCCACCACUGUGGCGGUCCCCAUGUCCCCAUGUCACCCCCUGGCUGCCCAGGGCCUUGUCUACAUGUACGGCGACGCACUGAGCCACGUGGGAGCCGCUCGCAAGGUCUUUGAGUACCUCGACCGCGAGCCGACGGUGGCCAUGGAUGGCACGUGGGCGCCCGCCACGCUGCGGGGACACGUGGCCUUCCAAAACGUCACCUUCGCCUACCCAACGCGGCCUGAGGAGCCCGUGCUGCAGGACGUGUCCUUCGAGCUGCGCCCCGGCGAGGUGACGGCGCUCGCGGGGCUCAACGGCAGCGGGAAGAGCACGUGCGUGGCGCUGCUCGAGCGCCUCUACUAGACGCA